CCCCCCCCCCCCCCGCCUCUCGUCGAUAUCUAACGCCAGCGAGGAAUCCGACCGCCAUGUCCGACCCGUUCGUGCAAGUGACAUUCAAGGAGACUGGGGAUGACUCGCAAGAGGACGAGGCGUUCCCUCAUCCCUUCGCGCACGUUGACUACGAAGAGCCUGCGCCGGGUACGUGGGCGCCUCGAUCGCUGGUCGAGCUGAGGAUGUACCAGCUCUCCGCGACAAUCCGCGAGAAGCCCGAGUGGUGGCGCAAGUCCAAGGACCCCGAAAUCCGCAAGAAGUGGUUCGAGGAGGCGAAGGCGCAGCAGGCAGAGGUGGAGGAGCGCUGGCGCCUAACUGAUAAUAUGAUCAACUACACCCUCGGCGAACUGGAAGGUUACGCGCAGCUUCGGGAUGAGGAGACAGGGAUUGAGGCCGGACCGUAUGACCGCGUCUGGCUCUCCGACCAGCCGAUCUCGGACGACCUGCGCGCCGCGCUCCAAGCCGCCGUCAAGCCCUUCGAAGACGUCCCCGAAGCCGAGAAGGACUGGCACCCGAACUCUAACAACCAGGUCCUCGACCUCGUCCACCCCUCCCUCUACCCCCUCGUCUACGGCAAGACGCAGGGAAAGCAGAAGGACGGCUCCAUCUCCACGUUCUCCCCGCCCGAGCCUGACGAACCGCUCGCAGACCAUUUCCUUUCGGAUAAGUUCCAGUGGUUGCCGUCGGAUUUCGAGGUCAAGGAGGAUGGAUCGGUCGCCCUCGUCUCCCCGUAUAUCAACAAUGUGCCUCCCGAGCGCGCGGGGGCGCUCGUCCCCGUCAUCGAGCGCAUCAUGGGGCGCGCGGUACCGCUGUGGGAGCGCGUCCUAUCGGAUCUGCGCCGCGGGGAGCUGCCUAUGCGGCUGGGACCAAUCGUCGAGAACGACUACGGCAUCGGUGCGGAGAAGGGCCUGCCGUGCAUUUGGGGCGAGAACGGGAUGCGGUGGCCGGAGGGAGAUGACGAGGAUCUGGAGGGCGACGCGCUGCAGGCGUGGUACGCAAGCCAACCGCUAACGCUGCCGGAUUGCCCGGCGGAGUAUGAUGGGGCGCUGGGGGAGAGAGGAGAGGGGCUAGUUGGGUUGAAGGGGAAGAAGCUCCAGGUGAUCGUCAAGCUCGCAAACAUUGUGCUGACGCCGGAGAAGCCGGAAUAUCCGGGCGGAAAGUGGCAUGUUGAAGGGAUGUACAACGAGGGCAUUGUCUCCACGUUUAUCUACUACUAUCACUCGGAGAACAUUCAGGAUACUCGGCUGUCCUUCCGCCAGGCGACCGCCGAGCCGUUCUAUCACGAACAGGACGACUCGUUCUGCAUGAAGACGCUCUAUGGCAUGUCGCGGGACGAGCCUUGCGUGCAGGACGUCGGCAGCAUUAUCACGAAGGAGGGCCGCUGCGUCGCGUUCCCGAACCUGUAUCAGCACAAGGUCUCCCCCUUCCAGCUUGCCGACCCCACCAAACCCGGCCUCCGCAAGAUCCUCGUCUUCUUCCUCGUCGACCCGACGCGCACCAUCCCCUCCGCCACCGACAUCGCCCCGCAGCAGGAGGGCUGGCUCAGGCACACCCUCUACACCUCCGGGGAGGACAGCCGCUUGGCGCGAAUGCCCAUCGAGCUCCUGGACGCGUUCGCGUCGAUGACGCCAGGGACAAUGACCCGGGAGGAGGCGUUUAGGAUUAGGGAGGAGCUUAUGAAGGAGCGGUCGGUGGACCUGGAGUAUGGGGAUGGGAUGUUUACGCAUGAAUUCAACAUGUGCGAGCAUUGAGGGUAUAGGUCAUGGAAUGCAUCGUUUGGUGCUCAGGGUUUUGGAAGAAAGAUUUGAAAUAUGGGUGUAACAUAAGACGCUAAGUAGAGGUUCGCUUGCUGUCUCCGGGUCUGUUGAGUCAAGGGGGG